AUGAGACAAAAGUCUCGUAUUCGUGAUAAUACAAGAUGCCAGAAUUUAAAAGAACGUUCAAAUGGUAAACAAUUCUCGUCAUAUAAAAAUCGUCAAUCUUUUGGCAAAGCAGUUAAACGUGUUAUUCAAUCAUUAUCAGAAGAUACAGAUAAACAUGUUACUCUGGUUCGUCAUAUUGCACAAGAACUUAAUGAUAUUCCAAAAACAAUUACUCAACAUCAACGUCAACAACGUUCGUUACCAAUCGAAUUGCAAGAAUUAAUUAUUAAAUUUUAUAAUCGAGACGAUAUUAGUUAUUAG